UAGGGUGUGUGAGAGGAGAGGAAGAGGGCGCUUGUGGCGAGAGGACGGAAGACGCCAUUAUCCUGCCUUUCUCCCCAGCACCUAUCUCUGAAGUCGUCGGAGUUUCCGCUCGCUCGGGAUCUCUAGAUUGCCUACCGAUUUAAUUGAAGAAAAUGGAGACUGAACAGCCGGAAGAAACCUUCCCCAACACCGAAACUAAUGGUGAGUUUGGUAAACGUCCUGCAGAAGAUAUGGAAGAAGAGCAGGCCUUUAAGAGAUCACGCAACACUGAUGAGAUGGUUGAACUGCGCAUCCUGCUUCAGAGCAAGAAUGCCGGUGCAGUCAUUGGGAAAGGAGGGAAAAAUAUCAAAGCCCUUCGUACUGACUACAAUGCCAGUGUUUCAGUCCCAGACAGCAGUGGCCCCGAGCGCAUAUUGAGUAUCAGUGCAGAUAUUGAAACAAUUGGAGAAAUCCUGAAGAAAAUCAUCCCUACCCUGGAAGAGGGCCUGCAGUUGCCAUCACCCACUGCAACCAGCCAGCUCCCGCUCGAAUCUGAUGCUGUGGAAUGCUUAAAUUACCAACACUAUAAAGGAAGCGACUUUGACUGCGAGUUAAGGCUGUUGAUUCACCAGAGUCUGGCGGGAGGAAUUAUUGGUGUCAAGGGUGCUAAAAUCAAGGAGCUUCGAGAGAACACUCAGACUACAAUCAAGCUUUUCCAGGAGUGCUGCCCUCAUUCCACCGAUAGGGUUGUCCUCAUUGGUGGGAAGCCUGAUAGAGUUGUGGAGUGCAUAAAAAUCAUUCUCGAUCUCAUCUCUGAGUCUCCUAUCAAAGGACGAGCACAGCCAUACGAUCCCAACUUCUAUGACGAAACCUAUGACUAUGGCGGUUUCACCGUAAUGUUUGAUGACCGAAGAGGGCGUCCUGUGGGAUUCCCCAUGCGUGGAAGGGGUGGCUUUGAUCGGAUGCCCCCAGGACGUGGUGGGCGUCCCAUGCCUCCAUCCAGAAGAGAUUAUGAUGAUAUGAGCCCUCGCCGAGGACCGCCUCCACCGCCUCCUGGUCGUGGGGGCCGGGGUGGUAGCAGAGCUCGGAAUCUUCCUCUCCCUCCUCCCCCUCCACCUAGAGGAGGUGAUCUCAUGGGUUAUGAUAGAAGAGGCCGACCUGGAGACCGUUAUGAUGGCAUGGUUGGUUUCAGUGCUGACGAGACCUGGGACUCGGCAAUAGACACCUGGAGCCCUUCAGAAUGGCAAAUGGCUUAUGAACCACAGGUUGAGUAUCACGGGCUUAGUGUUGAUGCACAGGGUGGUUCUGGAUAUGAUUAUUCCUAUGCAGGGGGUCGUGGUUCAUAUGGUGAUCUUGGAGGACCCAUCAUUACAACACAAGUGACUAUUCCCAAAGAUUUGGCUGGAUCCAUUAUUGGCAAGGGAGGCCAGCGGAUCAAACAAAUACGCCAUGAAUCAGGGGCUUCAAUCAAAAUAGAUGAGCCUUUGGAAGGAUCUGAGGAUCGCAUUAUUACCAUUACAGGAACACAGGACCAGAUUCAGAAUGCACAGUAUUUACUGCAGAACAGUGUGAAGCAGUAUGCAGAUGUUGAAGGAUUCUAAUGCAAGAUAUUUUUUCUUUUUUAUAGUGUGAAGCAGUAUUCUGGAAAGUUUUUCUAAGACUAGUGAAGAACUGAAGGAGUCCUGCAUCUUUUUUUUUUAUCUGCUUCUGUUUAAAAAGCCAACAUUCCUCUGCUUCAUAGGUGUUCUGCAUUUGAGGUGUAGUGAAAUCUUUGCUGUUCACCAGUUGUAAUGUUUUAGUUCCUUACAAACAGGGUUGGGGGAGGGGUGUGCAAAACUAACAUUGGAAUUUUGAAACAGCAGCAGAGAGAGUGACUUUAUUUUUGUUCAUUGUUGGUGUUUAAAUUCCCCCCCUCCUGUUAACUAUUGUGAACACCUUGCUUUUGUGGUCACUAAUUUUUUUGAGGGGGGUGGGGCUGGGGAAAAGAGUGAAAUCCACAUAUCCCCAGCAUCCAUUCAGAGCAGUGUGCAGAAUGUAAUGCUCUUUUGUAAGAAACGUUUUAUGAUUUUUAAAAUAAAUUUAGUGAACUUAUUUUUGGUGGUCUUUUUUUCAAGACAUUAAAAAGUGGCUGAUUCUCCCCCACCUUCCCUUCACCUCCAUUUCCCCUUAAGCCUCAAAAGCAGCACUAAUUAAACACUAAGUUUGAUUUUCAGCUCCUCUGUGGAUAUUAGGCAAAUCUCCUCUUGGAUAUAGUCGUAUGUCUUGGCAAAUUGAGCCCUGUUGACAUCUUGAUGGCUUGAAAGUCCAUUGCUUGGGAAGAAAUUGCAGCACAUUCAUUCAUGCAACAAGCUGGUUUUUGCAAACGCUUGCCCCCUCCCUACUUGCACAAUUUUCUAAGUUAGUGAUUUGUGGAGCAGAAUCGAGCUGGGGAACACUACUACAAAUUUAAGUUUUUAAAAUGAUAUAGGUACACAUCCAAAGCCCAAUUGGCAGUUAAGUUGAUAAAUCAGAAUUCCACUUGGUUGUAUGACAGGCUGAAUAAAUUCUUAUUAGGUAUUUCUCACAUGUAGACAAAAUAUGUCAAUUUGCUGGUGUCUACUGGUUACACUGUAAAAAAAAAAAUAUUGUUUUUCCCAUUGUAUGCAGACCUAAGAAACAAAGAUGUACCAUUUCUCUGUAUGUUGAUUUAUGUAGGAAAUGUUUGUGAACAAUUCAAAAAUGAUGAAAAGUACCUGUGGAUGUUUUGUGUAGUAUCUUGGCAUUUGUAUUGAUAGUUCAAGUUCCAACUUCACUUCCAAAUAAAAGUAACUCCCACAAAACUGGAUGUGAUGUGCCCACUUUGGAGAAUGAGUGACUGUUUCUAGUUGUCAUUUUUCUCAUGGAUUUUUGUGUGGAGUGAUUUGUAUGCUUGCCUCAACAGACAUUUGGGGGAGUUUUCCAUCCCCUUAUGCAUGUGUUUUGAAGCAUGGUUCAGCAGCCCUAAUGCCAAGUUGUAUUCAAUUUUUGUUCAUUACUGUGCCAAGAGAUACUGGAACCUCUGCUUUAUAACCUGACUGCCUGUAUGUAGAAAGACAAAUAGAUUUUUGGUUUGGAAGUGGUGAGCUGAGGUACUAUUAAAAGAUGGAGAUAUUUUA